AUUAGAAAGAUAUAAUAAUAGUAUUGAGUGGGUGGGAGAGCGUUGGGUGAAGGCUGGCAACUGCGCCAGUGUGUGUGAAGGUCAGCGGGUAUAUAAGCGCGUCCACCGCUGGCUGGGAGUCACUCCACCUCCUUCACUCCCAACAGCAAAAUGAACAGUGUGGUGCGCGUGUCGGUGUUGAUGGUGGUGGUGGUGGCGGCCGCCGUGGUGGCCCAGGGCCCCAGAGGCUCCUUCCUAGCCACACUCAACAGCCAGCAGAUCGCCUACUUGUCCUCCGCCGCUGGUCUUGAUGCCAUCUCCCUCUGCUACCAGCAGAGGAACAACCCCCAGUGCAAUGACCUUGUCUUGAGGACAGUGGCCGAGCUGCCAGAACUGGUGAGGAGUAACUGCAAAAUCUGCAACAGUCCGCAGCGCCAGACCUACCAGAGCAUCAUCUCUGAGGUCAACGCCAACCAUCCAGCCAAGUUCGAUGCUCUGAGGAAGCUCUUCAUUGGCUAGUUUGACAGCCAUCACUAGCUGGCCAGGGGUGCCAGCACCCCCAGCCAGGGGUGCCAGCACCCCCGGCCAGGGGUGUCAACACCCCCGGCCCGUGCAGACCAACAACCUCACCAACUGCUUCAACUCCCAAGAUUUUCCCCUUCAUCUCCAAUUGAUCAAUCACUACUUUUUCAUCUAAUUAUUAAUUGGUCAUAAUUUCGUGUUAGAUAAUCCUGUAAGCAGCACUACAACCUCCUCGUUCGUCGUCUACCACAACACUUAGAAAUAUAUAGUGACAUUCUA